AUGACUGAAUCAAAUGAAAUUAGUACGCGAGAUACACAGAAACCACUUCAACAGGCUCACAAUCAGUCCUUAUUAGAUGAUGCCUCUACUUUAUUAUUGUUUUCACAAGGGAACAGAAGAGAAUCACAGCAACCAUCAAAACCUACUGUACAUCCUACCACUAACCGCAGUCCGAUCAACACAACGAAUUUACCUCCUCCACCAGUCCUACAACCCAUGACUAGACCAUCUUUUUCAGGAACUACCGUGCUAGAUCCCAUGGGAAGACCAAUGUUGACAAUGCCUAAUACUGCUGCUGCAAUAAUGACCGUCCCUACAGAUACACCUACUACACGAAGAAAAUCAUCAUUACAAUCAAAUAUACUCCCUCCAGUGUCGAACUUCAAUUCCGUCCAAUCUGCAUCCCAAUCAGUAAUGAAUCAAGAUAUGUUACAACAUCAAUUUGCAUCCAGAUCCGAAUCCAUACCUUCUUCCUCCAUAGGUAAUACACCUCCAAAAUCCAGAUCACGAUCAAUAACGAACAAGGACACUUCUGCCAUUGCAGCAGCAGCAGCAGCAUUGGCAACAGCAGCCAAUAUACCACUGCCAUUAAGAAAACACGAACUUGAAGUCACACAAAAGAAGGAAGAAAUAGAAGAAAACGACGAAGAACAUGAAGAGCAUCCAAAGAAAAAAUCCAAGACAGCAAAAGACCAUGAAUGGCCAAUCCCUGACUCUUACGUAGUCGAUCAGGAUUCUGGUAUAAUUACCUGUAUUUGUGAAUUUAAUGAUGAUGAUGGUUUCACAGUGCAGUGUGAACAUUGUAACAGAUGGCAACAUGCUAUAUGUUAUGGUAUUGAAAGGGUCGAGGACGUUCCCGAUCUUUAUUUAUGUAAUGCAUGCAAUCCAAGAAAAUUAGAUAUCAAACACGCAAAGAUGAUUCAAAAAAAUAGGAAAGAGAAUGAUCUUAUACACAAACAGGAAAACGAAUAUAAUCAAGCCCAGAAUAAUAGAAGAAGAAGAAAAACUGAGUCUACUAAUGAACAUGACAACAAAUCUACUGAGACUCAAAACGAUAUCAGUACCAAAACAGACAACAAGGACGGAAGCAACGAUCGUGACAGCAAUCUGCCACCUGAUAACAACAUUUAUAAGAAAAAGGAACAUAUGCUUACAGCAUCGGACGCGUAUGCUGCCGUCUAUCUGUCAUUGAAUGAAUUAAAAUAUAAGGACAAAUAUGUUAAGCUAUUUCUUGAGAACCACAUUAACGAUGACUGCGUCAUUCCAUACAAAGAAAAUGAGUUCAGCUCGAUCCCGAUAGACAUAUCUACUUCUUCUGAUGCAAGUUACUUACGAUCAUUUCCUGGAUUCAGCAAGUUGGGGAUUGCAAUUCAACAGGACUGUAAUAAAAAUGAUCUGAUAUGUGAACUUCUAGGUGAACUUGAUUUUCAAAGAAACUAUAUCACGAAUCCAAGAAAUCACUACAGAAUUUGGGGUACGACAAAGAGGAAGGUUUUUUUCCAUCCAGACUGGCCUCUAGUGCUAGAUGAAAGGCUUUGUGGUAAUUUGACCAGAUAUUUAAGAAGGAGUUGUUACCCCAACGUAGAACUUGUGACGAUAAGGUUGAAAGACAAUUCGAUCAAAUUUGUCUUAAGAGCUUUACAGGAUUUGGAAAAGGGAGACGAACUACACAUUGGCUGGAACUGGGAUUUUACUCACCCUAUUUUACAGUUAAUAAAGGGUAACAUGAAUUUUGAUGCUUUAGAUGACAACAUGAAGUUUACACUUAUUCAUUCAGUCGAUACAAUAUUGGGGUCCUGUGAAUGCGCAUGUGGUAAUAACAGCAAGGACUGUCACUUGUUGAAGGUUAAAAAACUGUCCACGAAUCUUUACAAAUCAGUAAAAUCAAAGAUGAACAAUAGAUUCAAACUGAAUGAGAUAUUAAAUCAUUAUCAAAGUAAGCGAAACAAAAGGCCAGAGCCAAUCUUAGAUUGCUUAGUUAAACAGGCAAACGAAAGAGAGUCAAAAGAUAUACCACAUCCUCCAAGUAUUGAUGAAUCUAUACGGAUGGGAGAAAAGAAAAAUGAAGGAGUUCUUGAACACGAUAUCCAAGCAUCAUCUCCUUCAUCUCCUCCAAAAAAUAAUACUCAGCCUUUCAAGCUAAAACUUUAUGAAAACUAUCAUACCUCUUUUAAAACUAUUGACUCAUUGCAAUCCACUGCAAGUAAAAUACCUUCAGAGUACGACGAAUCAGAUUGUACUGAGCUGGAUAAGCUAGCCAUCCCAAUCCCAUUUCCCCUACCGAUGGACAUCAAUGACAAAAGCCCCAAGGCUGUGGAAAAUUCAGAGCAAUUGAACGAGUCCAAAACGUUGGAACUCAGUGAUAAGAUAAAUAAAGUCGAAGAGCAUUCCCAGAAUAUUAAGAAAAAAUUAAGUUUUGCGGAUUAUAGAAAAAAACAACAUAAAUAG